ACGCUCGCGUGCCCGUACAAGAACUCGUUAUGUAGCAUCCAAUGCGCAUGCACCUCCGACAAAUCAGUUUUAAAAAUGAAAAAUUGAUUAAGCUGACUGAACGUUGCAACGCCAGGAGGAAUAACCCCCACGUGGCGUUGAGCGUACCGUGUUGGGGAAAACUUAUUCAUGUGGAAAGGCAAAAGGGAGAAAAAAUUGAAGAAAUUUAUCUGUGUAUAUUUCGCUCCCCUACGUUGUUAAGGAUGCAGCGGAUCACACACAAAAUUUGUCCCCCAUUUAAGAGGAGUAUACCGUGAUUAAACACAUCAGCAUUUGGCACAUAGGACAAAGCGCAUGCAGACAUAUGUCGCUAAGGACUCACUAGUGUUUUGCCCCCCUCCCUCUUGUAAGGGAAAACGUUUUAGCGCAUGCCUGUGCAGGAUGACGUGCUUUGCUCGCAAGGAGCUUUACUUUGCUGGUGACAAAAGGUUGGUGGAUUGCCGCUUCUGCGGAUUGUCGCCCCCCCACGGAGAACAUGUUUAGGGUGGCCCCGUACGUCCCAUACAUUUACAAAUGCUCAAAUGGAAACAACUUCUUCAAAUUUUACAACCAAAUAAAGACAAAGGGGUACUCCGAUUUGCUUAAUUUUGCCAAGGGCCUGUACCUCUGCUUGUGCAGGAAUGGCCACAAAAAUGAUGACCUGUUCAUACAUUUUUCGAAGCAACUGUUCAGAGACAUUCGCGGGGAAAAUUUCGCGGAGAGGAACAAGAAAGACCUGUGCUUGCUAAUGCUGUUGUACAUGAAAUGCAAAAAAAGGAGUAAAUCGUUUGCACUCGGGAAGGACACAAUUAAGCACAUAAGUUGCGCAAUCGAAGAAAAUUUAGACAACUUCGAUGAAGAUGACCUCUCCACCGUUUUGACCUUCUUAAACUGCACAGCGAAUAACAAGUUGUACUCCCCCCGCGGUAUAGUAAAAAAUGACGUGAGCGCCAGAAUUACAACACAGAUUAUUCAGCGAAGCGAUAAUUAUUUGCACAAUUUCAGGCAGACGAAAAAUCUGUGCAUAUUGUACAGUUAUUUAUGCAGAGAAAACAUAAGCGUCAAAUUGCAUAAUAACAUUUUGGGGCGAAUUUUUAGCGAUGUAGAUCGCUGCGGGGACACCGAUUUGACCAACAUUGUGUUUAACUUUUACUACAUUAACAGCGUUUUUUUUAAAAAAUUUUUAAGCAAAAUAUGCGAGCUGUGUGCACACGAGGGGGGGCAAGUAGGCGAAGUAGGCCAUACUCAGAAUGGUGCGCUUUGCACCAGCAAAAUGGAGCAGCAAAACGAUAGCAGGAGUGAGGAAGUCCCACCGUUGACGAAGGAAUGGGGUCAGGAGUUAUCCUCCCAGGAGGAACAUUCCGGAGGAAGCCCUCUCAGCAGUGAUGGGGGUGUACACCAUUCGAACCUCUUUUAUAAAUGUGACAUGUUAGGGUGUACAGCGGGAGAGACCCAUUUUUGGAGAGAAAACCCCCCACGUUGUGUAACCUACGGAAACAUAUUCAACAUCUACAGCUGCAGUAUGUUCCUGCAUAGAUUCAUAAAUCAUUAUAAUGACCUUUUUUUAAAAAGGAGGAUAGGCAAAUUGCUAGACCGAUGCAACUUCAUAGAUAACAUUUGGAAAAACUGCAGACUGAUGCAUGUUUUUUACUACACACUUGAGUAUUAUAUCAACACAGGGGUGAUUCGCGAAAUGAACGUGGAGAGUGUGGAGUACAUCCUAAGAAGGGGACACACUGAUGAGGAUGGUGUCCUUAAAAUGAAGGAGGCAAAAUUGUACAGCAAUAUCUUUUGCGCGGCUAACAUAAAACUGUUGAUGUAUGUAUACCAGGGUGGAGUGCUCUCCUACGGACGUUACUUCGACGCGUGCAGGGCGUUUCUAGAUAAGUACAUACUAAAUUUGCUUCAAGGGGAGGUCUCCAAAGAGGAGCCCACUGGAAAAAACACAACGAAAGGAACGACGCGAAUAAAGAACGAGCAUAUUUACCUACUGCUGAGCGUUUUAAACCAAAUGAAUGUGCAGAAUGAGGCAACAUUCGAACUAGUAAUGCGAAAUUUUAAGCGAAAUGGGAAGAGUUACCCACUUAAGACAAGUCUCCUGAUGCUGCAAUUUUGUCAUUCCCAUGGGGGGGAUGAUUCAUACCAUGCCAUUUAUACACACAUAGGAAGCACCCUCGAUGCGCUGAUCAGCUCCGAUAAUGCCAUCAUACCAACUAACUUUGGAGUUUUAUUUUUCCCCCCCUUUUUGGUGAAGGAAGGAAUACAUAAAAUGUACCUCUCUCUGUUUUUGAAAAGCGCCAAAUGGUAUUUACACAGGAAGGAAAAAACACAAACGCAUAAGUUAACUGAUGAGCUGCUAUACUUUGCCUUAAGUUACAACAUACUGUGGAGAGACACGAAUGCACAUGGUGAGAGUGAGAAUUUUUUAAAAUAUUUUAAAUUAAAAGAAUUAAAAAAGAUUUAUGAAUUUAUUCACGAAUUUGAAAAAAUAACAAAAAAAAAUUCCUUCAAAUUAAAGAAAGCAGGGACAAAAAAAAAAAAAAAAAAAAUGAACAGAUUUUAUUUUUACCUUGCACAGGCACACACGCAGAGUCUUUCGAAUUAUGUUGAGAUAUGCCAUCGGCAGAGUGCAAGUGCGUGCUUAAACUUUUUGAAUUUUUUUGGCGUCUUUGCGGGGUGCUCCCACGUGUAUGCGGGCUACGGUGCGAAGUUCUUGCCCCCCUCCGUGGCCCCCCCGAUGGUGGUGUGCCCCGGCCGAAUGGGGCCCCAACCCGCCGCGUCACCAGAUUGA